GGGUUGCCAGACAUCAGCGGCAAAUACAAUUUGUUUGUGAAAUUGUUGAUUUUGGGGCAUUUAAAUGGAACUAUCACCGGUUAACCAAAGCCUAAUCGAGGACAGGAAACCUAUAUUAACUGCCGACGGAUUGGUUCAGACCUCCAAUUCACCCUUUGAGCCGGCGAUCUCACAGGAGACGCAAACAUCGAACGGUAUUGGUGGUGGAAGCGGCGGUGGCAGUGGAAGCGGUAGCGGCAGUGUCAGCGGACAGUUGACAGUGGAUCAGCUUGAGAUUGAAAUUUUGCCAAUAAUAUACGAUAUAGUCAGGUGUGUGGAAAAGGAUCCUCUGGAGAACGCUGUGAAAUUGCGCGAAUCCCAGGACUGCAAUCACAAGAUCUUCGAGUUGCAAAAACGUUUCGAAUCGGCACGGGAGCAAAUUAGGCAACUGCCCGGCAUCGACUACAACAAAGAGGAGCAACUGCAGCGUCAGGAACUUUUGCGUAGUCAACUGAAACUCAAACAGCAACUGAUACGCAAAUAUAAAGACACUGAAUUCUAG